AUGAACAUUCGCCCCUAUUGCAACAUCUGCGGCGGCCCCUUUGAAUCCGCCAACUUCCUAAAGCGGUCUACUGUGGCGGGUGAUACUACCGACUUCUGGGAUGACUACUGCGACUGUGAUCAGGAUGCGGAUGUAGGGGAGGGGGAUGAGAUGCUUCCUGCCGGUCACGAUGGUCAUUAUAGGACUGCACAUCGCGAUUACUGUCGGUCGUUAAAGGGGUACGAUGCGGGUCAUAUAUCUCGAGAUCAGUUGCGGUGGCUGGAUGAUGCCCGGAUGUUGAGUUUAAAGGUUCCCGGCAUCGAGAAUCUGGAUGAUGGUUCCGCAGAACUGGUCAUGGUCACACAAAAGGGCUCUUUGAACUCAACAGACAAUCUGUUCUAUCCAGGCGUGCCAUUGGAUCAGGUUGAUGAUACCCUCACCCAAGGUCUUCUCCGCAAUGAGGAUGGCUUUCUUGUGCAUGAUAACUGCUUGAACAUCAUGGAACAAACUCACAAAGUCAUGCAUCCCGAGGCUGGUCCUCUUGACAUUCGCGAGUUGCACUUCAUCAUGCUCACGUGGAGUGAAGCCUACGCCCAUGCGAUCAACUGGGGUGGAGAUGGCUAUGGCGGCACGGAGGAAUAUCAAGCUGAGACCUGGGAGCCGUGUGCUGAUAACGAGUGGCUCGUCGCGGAUCCUUGUAAAGACCUGAACAUAUCACAGGUCAUCUCCGAGUCAACCGAUCCAGCACACCCAGACACUUUUGACGUCAUUCCCAAGGGUAUGCGAAUAGCCUCAAAAAGCUAUCCCUCUCCAGACUGCUUCGACCAUCUUCCUAUGGAUAUCCGUUUGAUGGUCUUUGAACUUCUCCAAUCUUCAUCCGCCUUCAACCUCCUCUUGGCAAGUUCCUCAUUCAGAGACAUGGCAUCGUCCCUUCCACGGAGAUUCUGGAAGAGCAGGCUCCCAUGCGCAGCGCCCUGGCUCAACAACACCUCUUUAUUCUCAGACAUUCACCACCAAUCCAAAACAAUCCACUACAGGCAGCUUUUCUACAACCUCCGAGAGGCGUCUAUUCCUUCUAGGGUGGAAUACAUAGGUCUGCAGAAUAGACUGCGCAUCUACAUCAAUUGCAGGGGUAUUAUUCAAAAAAUCGAUGGUCGCUUUUCAGAAGUCCGCGCCAACGCCGGCAGUGUCGAUCCGGAUGUGAGACGCCUUGCUAGUCGUCGACGGGCAACUAUCGCACUGGAUGUGCAUCCUGAUUUCUGUGACGUGUUCUCAGAAGUGUACUUCGUCCCCAGUCUGCAGCGCGGACGACAGCUUCAGUCCGUUACUGUGUACCAUAGACUUGGAGAUUCUGGAUUUCCCGGUCAUCGGUGGAUUGUUGGUGUUGAAUUUGGUCUUUACGAUGAAGACACCUCGCGCUUAUUUGGGUAUAGGACCGAAUUUCCCGACACCGUCACCAUCCCACAGGAAACUGUUAUUACGGGGAUGGUGGUAUCUUUAGGCCCCUUUCAAGACUUGGUCGCCAAAGAAAGACCAGAGAACGCCUGCAUCUACGGUAUUGGGCUCCUCACCAGCGACUCAACCACUGAGCCAAAGUACAAAGCCGGUAUCUGGACAGACAAUGAGUUGAUGCACGCCUUUUAUGCUGAGACUGGGACUGAGAUUAUCGGCGUCACGGGCAUGUUCGAUGCCGAAGAUUUGAUGGGCUUUGAUUUCAGGGUGGAACCGUGUCGGGAUAGCGAGUAUCCCACCCAGCAUAUCACUAAAUUCGGUGUGAUUAUGGGAGACCUGCAGCGGCAUACUACGGGACACAUCGAACAGAGGAUGAAUUUUGGAUACCUUACACGCUGGAUUGGACGCUGUCCUCCACGCGAUUAUAUCGUUGGGGAUCGGCAUGGUGUCGACUUUACCGAAUCUAUGGAUGCUGAUCCGCCGGUGCUGGCUACCCCGGUGUAUUUCCUCGAUCUGGUCGGGCGGCAGGUUGAGUCCAUCCAAGCCAACUUCACAGAGGCAGCCGAUGAUUGGGCACCGGAUGUGAUAUGUGGCUUCUCAUUCUCCUUUGCCGACGGUCAACAGGAAAUGAUCGGCUAUAAGCACAAAUCGAGCUGGGCCAAGGCGUUAGUAUAUCCUGAUCACACGCCGGCCUCAGAUGACUCGACGUAUAAGUCCGAGAUGGAACGAAGGAGGGAUACAGCAGUGAACUACCCCCCGAUGACGUUCCACUUCAAGGUGGCCGAGAAGGAAAGCAUCGUGGGUGUUCGGUUUCAUUCCGAAAGCAGUCCUGUCCGAUUUGGCAUGGCCGGUUUACAGGGGAUUGAGUUUGUGACUAGUUUAGGCCGGAAGUGGAGCAUCGGAUAUAAUGGCAUGGACGACGAUAGGUAUGGAGAGAUCAUGUCCUGUCCUGAUCCACGGAGUGGACAGGAACUGGUUGGACUUCAAUUUGGCAUGAAGCCGUGUGUGAUUGAGAGCGCUGGACCGCUUUAUAAAUAA